GAGGCUGGUGUCAUGCGGCUGGCGCCGAGGGAGGGGAGCCUGGGGCCGCAGCGGCAGUGAGAGGCGCCCAGCCGAGCCCCCUGCGAUGACAGCCAUGAAGGAGCAGCCGGCGCACCCGGGCGGCAGGGGGAACCCGCCGCCGCAGCAGCCCGACCAGGAACUUGGAAGUAACAGCCCUCCGCAGAGGAACUGGAAGGGAAUUGCUAUUGCGCUGCUGGUGAUUCUAGUUGUUUGUUCACUCAUCACUAUGUCUGUCAUUCUUUUAACCCCAGAUGAACUAGCAAAUUCAUCAGAAACUAGAUUGUCCUUGGAAGAUCUCUUCAGGAAAGAGUUUAUAGUUCAUAAUCCAGAAGCCAAAUGGAUUAAUGAUACAUCAGUGGUGUAUAAAAACAGGAAUGGACAUGUUGUUGAACUUAACGUAGAAACAAAUACAACUACAUUAUUAUUGGAAAACACUACUUUUGUAACAUUCAAAGCAUCAAGAUACUCAGUUUCACCAGACUUAAGAUUUGUUCUUCUUGCAUAUGAUGUGAAACAGGUUUUUCAUUAUUCUUAUACAGCAUCAUACGUGAUUUAUAACAUACACACAAGGGAAGUUUGGGAGUUAAACCCUCCAGAAGUAGAGGAUUCAGUUUUACAGUAUGCAGCCUGGGGUGUCCAAGGACAGCAACUGAUUUAUAUUUUUGAAAAUAAUAUCUACUAUCAGCCUGAUGUAAAAAGUAGCUCAUUGCGCCUGACAUCUUCUGGAAAAGAAGGAAUUAUUUUUAAUGGAAUUGCAGACUGGUUAUAUGAAGAGGAACUUCUCCAUUCUCAUGUUGCCCACUGGUGGUCUCCAGACGGUGAAAGACUGGCGUUCCUCACCAUCAAUGACUCUCUGGUGCCAAACAUGGUUAUUCCCCGGUUUACUGGAGGUCUAUAUCCAAAAGGAAAACAGUAUCCAUAUCCUAAGGCAGGUCAAACAAACCCAACCAUAAAGCUGUUUGUAGUUAAUCUUUAUGGACCAGCACAUACACUGGAACUAAUGCCACCUGACAGCUUCAAAUCAAGGGAAUAUUACAUCACCAUGGUGAAAUGGGUAAGCAACACCAAGGCUGCAGUGAGAUGGUUAAACAGACCUCAGAAUAUCUCCAUCCUUACAGUUUGUGAAACAACAACUGGGGCUUGCACCAGAAAAUAUGAAAUGCAGUCAGACCUGUGGCUUCCUAAACAGAACGAAGAGCCAGUUUUCUCCAAAGAUGGCAGUAAGUUCUUUAUGACUGUCCCAGUGAAGCAGGGAGGCCGGGGAGAAUUUCACCACAUAGCCAUGUUUAUUGUUCAGAGUAAGUGGAGCUCUCUGUCUUUUCUUAAGACAUCUGCUGUGGUGGCACGUAAGGCUAAAAGUGAACAAAUCAGUGUGAGACACCUGACAUCAGGAAACUGGGAAGUUAUCAAAAUCCUGGCAUAUGAUGAAAAUACUCAGAAGAUUUAUUUCCUAAGCACUGAAGAAUCUGCCAGAGGAAGGCAGUUACACAGUGUAUCAACAGUGGGAUCAUUGAAUCGUCAAUGUCUCUCAUGUAACUUCUGGAGAGACCAGUGCACAUACUUCAGUGCAAAGUUCAGCCCCAUGAACAGGCAUUUUGUACUGCACUGUAAAGGGCCAGGCGUUCCAGUUGUUAGUGUGCACAGUACAAGUAAUACUGGAAAGUUUUAUAUUUUGGAAGAUAAUGCUGUGUUGGAAGAAGCUGCUUUUAAGAAAAAGAAUUCCAGGACUGAAAUUAAGAUGCUUCCCAUUGAGGAUUACGAACUCCCUUUACAGUUGUCUCUGCCAAGAGAUUUCACGGAUAGAAACCAGUAUGCCCUCCUAUUAAUAAUUGACGAAGCUCCAGGCAGCCAGUUGGUUACAGAUAAGUUUCACGUUGACUGGGACUCAGUGCUUGUCAACUCUGAUAAUGUCAUCGUAGCUCGAUUUGAUGGCAGAGGGAGUGGAUUUCAAGGCCUUAAGAUCCUACAGGAGGUCCACCGGUGCUUAGGAUCAGUGGAAGUGAAGGACCAAAUAGCAGCCGUAGAAUCACUCUUGAAACAGCCCUUCAUUGAUCCUAAGAGGCUGAGUAUAUUUGGAAAGGGAUAUGGUGGCUACAUUUCAUCAAUGAUCCUGAAAUCCAAUGAACGGCUCUUCAAGUGUGGAGCUGUGGUGGCACCAAUUACAGACAUGAAGUUGUAUGCAUCAGCUUUUUCAGAAAGAUACCUUGGUAUUCCAUCAAGAGAAGAAAAUACCUAUCAGGCAUCCAGUGUAUUACACAAUCUUCAUGGAUUAAAAGAAACAAAUUUGCUAAUAGUUCAUGGGACAGCUGACACUAAAGUCCACUUCCAGCAUACAGCAGAACUAAUUAAACAUCUAAUAAAAGCUGGAGUUAAUUACACUAUGCAGAUCUACCCGGAUGAAGGUCAUAACAUUGCUUCUGAGAAAAGCAAAUAUCACCUUUACAGCACAAUCCUUGGGUUUUUUAGUGCGUGUUUAAAGGAGGAGGCACCAAUUUUACCACAGGAACCUGAAGAGGAUGAGUAAGGAGGCCUAUUUGUGUAGUGCUGAAGGGGACUUGCUUUGCGGCUCAAUAAAAACCCUAAAUAAAAGUGACUGUAAGAUUGCAGAUUCUGCAGAAGCUCAAGGGCAGCUAAAGGAUAUCACAGUGGAACAGCACAUUUACAGACAAUGAGCUAAUAAACUGGAAUUCGACUACAAGCUCCAAACAUAUUACCAAGGGACAAAACCUUUACCUUUCUGGAAGGUCACCAGUUGGUUACAGUUUCCUGGAAGAACUUAGUUUUGCAUAAGUGUAGAGUUAGUGCAUGUUUGUUAUGUUAAACCUCACUGUUGGUUCUGUAAGUGGUUGCUCGUUUUUUAAUUUAAAUGCACAUCUUUAUUCAUCUUCUCAUAAUGCACAACCUAUCAUAAGUAUUAUGGCCACUAAUGUUUUAAAAGGUAAGCUGCAACCUAACACUUGACUGUAAUGGUACAAGAAGUGCAAUUCUUUUGCUGUCUAUUACACAUAAGAAACCACGGAGAUAAUAAAGGGCACGAUAUUUUCUCUAGUUUCUGCUCCAAGGGGAUAUAUUGUCUAGUGCAUCAUAUACCAUUGAUAUUGAAAAAUAUUUUUUCCCCCAAUUUCAGCAUUUGCUAUUAUUACAGUACUUACUAACCAAUAAGGGACUUCUUGGUAGUGUGCUCUUGAUCUUUGUGUAUAUACCCAGGACUCCCUAAGCAGAAAAUCUUUCUGAGCUUGAAGAAUUUUUUUCAAGACAUAAUUAACAGCUGUAUUUAAAUCAAUAUCUGCAAUUGAAAUCUUUCCCCAGUCAAAAAUGUAUCUAUUGUUUCCCUAAAAUCUGUUUGGGUUGUGUUUUGGUAUGGUUUUUAGUAGUUAAUAGUUUGCUGGUUAUACUCUAAUUUUAGAAUAUACUACUUUGUCACAUGUAAAUUAGAUACAUAAAUAUUAAAUUAUAGUUUCAGAUAAAAUUUAUUAACAAUG